AAAGCUCAACGCCUUUUCUUCCUACUAUUAAUUUAAUAGAACCUAUAUCUGAAAUCCCAGUAAAUGCAGCAGCACAAAAAAGUGCAGCAAAUGAAAUCGAAAUAGCUGAAAAAAACUUUUAG